AUGCUUGAUGAUGAUCACCACAAGUCAGGAGAUUGCGAGAGUCUCGAGUUCGAAGCUACAAUCAGCCACGCUAGGCUGAUACCUUUGAGAGACAAAUCGAAUGAUCGGAGGUGUAUGGGAUACGAGUUGCAAAGAAUGAUCGGUUCGGAAGGUGAAAGAACGAUGGUCAGGGGUAGCGAUUGUGUUCGAAGGAAAGCCGCCUGGAGUAUCCAAGUUGGCCAGCUCAUUCGAGCUGAUGGAAGCAAGAGGAGAAGGCAGCUUUGUCGAUGCGUGUUGAGAUGUGCAGAAGAGGUUCAGGUUGUGAAAGGAAUUUCAAGCGGCCGACAAAAACGGUGA